AGAAAAUUCGUGAUAUCUGAAAAGAACAUGGCGAUUUGUUUCAUGUGAGAUUCAGAAGAUGAUUUCAUAUUUAGCUAAUUCCUAAAAUUAGUUCCGUUUUCAUUUGUAACGAGUGAAAUAAUUCAAAAUGACUUCUCUACAGUACGUAGUGCAUCCUUUACCAGGCAGUGAGGAACAGUUUAACGACAGAUUGAAGGAGGUAGCAGACAGAAUAAAUCGUCUUGGACACAAUUUACAUCCUGGACUGUCCAACUUACGUGCUGGUGUCAAACGUAUUUGUUUAGCUUCCACGUAUAUUGCAUUAUUAUUAGAAGAUGGACGAGUAUGUAGAGUUUCUUACAAUGUAUUAUGUGAUAGACUGGAUUUGAGCAAAAGUGAAAAAAAAUCAUGGACGAUCCGAAGUGGUGGAGGAGGUGGAACAGGGGGAACAGGAGGGGGGAGUGGAGCUGGCGGUGGAGGCGGUAGUGGAGGAGGAGGGGGAGGCAGUAAUAAACCCGCUGGUGGUGGUAGGCAGAUCCGGACUCGUGCCAGAAUAAUGAGAUCCAAUACAGCGAUACGUGGAGGCAGCAACAGUGGUGGUCGUGGUGCCCCAGUUAUAAUCGGAACCAGUUCUUCGAGCAGUGGUAGACCAAUGGUCACCGUACCAGCUCCGUAUGUUCCCGAAGAACUCGUCUCGCAAGCUCAAGUCGUACUUCAAGGAAAGAGCAGGAAUUUGAUUAUCAGAGAGUUGCAGAGAACCAAUUUGGAUGUUAACCUCGCGGUCAAUAAUCUACUGUCGAGAGAUGAUGAAGAGGGUGAAGAAGGGGACGAUGCCACUGAUUCUUAUGUACCAGAAGAUCUUAUUUCUCUACUUGACGGAGGAUUUCCACCAGAUCAUUCCGUCAUAAUUGAUGCUGAUGCAAUGUUUUCCGAAGAUAUGUUUGGUUAUUCUGGAAUCAGGAACUUCCUUAACAGCCGAGGCAGCAGCAGUCGAGGUCGUCUUCCUGAUCGAGAUACUCCUAACAACAGUGCCGGAUCAGAGAGGAAUCGUGAAAAUUUUUCUAGUUGGAGGGAACGACAAUACUUUGGGCCUAGGAGAUGGCUGGAAACAGCCCUGAGAGAUAAUCCUUAUGAAAAGGAUGCAGACCACAAGAAGAAAGACAAUGCAUGCCCCUUAUGGAUUUCGGAUGACCUGGAAUUCUGGCCGGAUCCUGCACCCAAGUUUAUUCAGAUCGCUACCUUGUAUAGCGAACUGAUUGCCCUCUCCUCGAACGGUCAGCUGUACCAGUGGAAAUGGAAUGAUCACGAACCGUACAGGCAUCCGGAAAAUCCCAACAUUCACCAUCCGAAGACGAUUCCUCUGAGUUUGACUAGCGAAAAGGUAACCCAUCUCUCUGCUUGUGCAAUGAGGUGCACGGUUGCUACCGAAACUGGAAAAGUAGCCACUUGGUUGGAUGAACUUUUGAUACCUGCUGCAAGUAAACUGGAGCAUGCUGCGCAAGCCUAUAAUGAGUUUCAGACAGAUAAGAUCAACACAAUCUAUACUUGCCCUUUAUAUACAGUCGCCAGACUGGAAAGCGGUUGUUUAUAUUGGUGGGGAGUGUUGCCGUUCGCCCAGAGGAAACGCUUAUGGGAAAAAUAUCGAGUGAAGUGCCGAAAACAACGUCCUUCGAACAACCAGUCAGAAAUUGUCGCAGGCUCCCAAGUCUGCAUGAAAAAUAGCCCCAUGUAUCAGCCGGGCGCGAUAGGUUUUACUGUAGCUGGCGGUGUACCGAAAGUUGGACAGUUACAAAAUGCAGCUUGGACAUUGAACGAUUCUUGCACCUUCAAAAUAAUGAAUGUACACAGUUCCAAUACUUCAGAGAAGUGUAGGAAUGAGAUAACUCCUACUACCAGUGGAUUAUCUAACUUGUCCAGCAAAGGAUCUACCAAUAAAGAAAACACUGACAGACUUGACAUGCCGCCUCCUCCAUCACCUGCUUCUAGCACCUGCAGUGAUACAGGCAGUAUCACAAACAGUCACAAACGACAGAAAAGAUUAGUAGUUACUAGUUCAGAUUCGAGCAGCGAUCAGAAAAAGGAUGAAGAAGAAUGGUUGUUGAAAGAUGUGAUUUUCGUUGAAGACGUGAGAAGUGUUCCGACAGGAAAAGUUUUAAAAGUGGACGGGGCAUUCGCGGCCGUAAGAUUUCCAUCUGCUCACACGAGAGACAGAGAUUCUAAGGAUGUGGAUGAUAUUCUGCAAGACUGCAGAUUGAUGAGAAAAGAUGACCUACAGGUUAUAAAAUCUUCUUCGAAUUCUCGUGUGCCAGAUUGCUUCCAGAGAACGCCGAGGAGAAUUCAAAUCUCUGAAAACAGUGGACAGAUUUUGACUAUAGCCGUGGACGGUCAAGGGAUUCAUGCUAUUGUUCGAAAUGGUUCAAAAUUGAGUUACGUUAUAUAUAAUAUCAGUAGCGGGCGGGUUGAACUGGAUAAUCAGUUUCCCAGCGAUACGGCAGCGUUUAUGGGAAUGCAACCGUCCAAUAUUAAUCUUACAUGUGCGGGAGAGAGCACAGAAUCUCUACUCAUUCUGAGGGACGGCAAUAAUACAAUAUAUCCGUUAGCUAAAGAUUGCGCAGAAGCCAUUAGAGAUCCUCAGUUUUUGGAUUUGCCUCCCGUAAAAUGUGUAUCGGCAGGUACUCUAUCCUUAUCCGGUACAAGCAUGAACUUGAAAAAUCAAGUAGCGAUCAUUGUUUUCGCUUUGGAGCAACAACUUCUCAUGCCGAAAAUCCUGAGGUGUGAUAUUGACGGAGUAAGACAAGUACUUGCGCAACUUGACAUUGAUAUGAAAUUGCAUAACAUGAUGGGACAAUCAUUUUUGACAGAGAAGUGUGAUGGCAAUAGGAAUAUUUUCCAUGCUGUCGUCAAUAUGUGCACACCAACUUCUAAUAAAGAUUCCGAAAGUGGUAAACACACAUAUACUCUACAAGAAAUAAGUAAGACUUGACCUGUAAUACUCCAAACUUCUCAUUUAUUCAAAAAAACUUUUGAUGUCGCUUCUGGCGAUGAAGACAGUCUAAUGAGUCUAGGUAGUAGUGCAGCUAAUAAAGGAGGAGGUAACAGUAACAAUGCCCCAAGUAAUUUGGUAAUUGAUCCUUCCGAGAGAAGAACUAACGCGGUGCAAAUACUACACACUCUCUUGUAUGACUCAUCAGCUUUAGAACCUCAUCUCAUUGAAAUGUUAUCAGCAAAGGACGCACAAGGCCAAACACCUUUCAUGUUGGCCGUUUCAUCUAGGAGUUAUCCUGCUGCUCUCGAACUGUUUGAGAGAAUAGUAAAACUAGGCACGCCCCAAGAACGCGAAGACAUGGUGUUCCCUAAGGGUUCCAACCCGGACCACUCUCCAUUGCAUGUGAUAUGUUGCAAUGACACCUGCAGCUUUACUUGGACAGGCGCCGAGCACAUCAAUCAAGACAUUUUUGAAUGUCGCACCUGUGGUCUUACCGGCACCCUUUGCUGUUGCACCGAGUGUGCUAGGGUUUGCCAUAAGGGACACGAUUGUAAGCUGAAACGCACUUCGCCCACAGCUUAUUGCGAUUGUUGGGAAAAAUGUAAAUGCAAGGCACUGAUUAUGGGUAAUCAGACAGUGAGAUAUGAAUUGCUGACUCGUUUAGUCAAAGAAACCAAUUUGGUUUGCUUGCCAAAUUCAAGAGGAGAGAGUAUUUUAUUGUUCUUGGUGCAAACAGUUGGUAGACAAAAUCAAGAACAGAGGCAGUUCAGGAGUGCUCGCCCAAGAACGGCAUCUUCCAAUUCAAGGAAUAAAACACCAUCUUCAGACAUUGAGUCCGAUAUGCCAGAACAUGACCUGGAGCCUCCUCGUUUCAGCAGAAGAGCCUUGGAAUGUCUCCUGGGAGAUUGGAAGGCUGUCAAAAGCAUGAUAAUGUCUGGCACGAAAGAAACAAAUGACAGUCGCUUUAUUGAUCAACCUUACAUCACCAGUCAAACAGGAACCACCUUACUAGACAAAUUCACCCAUUGCUUCUUCGUCAAAUGUCAGAUGGUCAUGGAUAUCUUGCUGGAAACUAUCAUUAAGGAAAUGAAGAGUCCGGAUCAGAAACAAAGUGAAAUAGCUACGAAUGUGGCUAGAAGGUUCGUAAGAUCCGUCGUUAGGAUUUUCGUCAUUUUCAGCAUCGAAAUGGCGCCAAAUUCCGCCAGAAGACAGAGGUUCAACAAUCAAAAUUUGCCGUUGAGCAAAUGCAAAAAGGUUUUUCAGGCUUUAUCGAAGCUUUCCAUCGAGGAACUGUGUGAAAUUGCUGAUUCUUUGAUCGCACCUGUUCGACUUGGAGUCGCCAGACCUACUGCGCCAUUUUCUUUGGCCACAACGCCUACUGACGUGUUGAAUGGAUCUGAGGAACUGUUUCUCGUCGAUCCAUUAGCUCCAUCAUCUGGUAAUACUGCCACAAGAUCAGGUUCAGGUCAAGCCAGCUCUUCAGACAACUUCCCAUUUCUGGCUGAGGCUGUUAGGCGUGCAGUGGCUAGCAGAAGAGACUUGUUGAACGAUAUGAAUGAUGGUGAAGGUAUGGCAGUUGACAAUGAUGAAGAUAACAAUUCUGAACACGAAGACGCGCAGGCCGAUCGGGAAAUACCACUCCCAGUUCGUCAAGCUUCUUUGAACGAAAAUGAGCCUCAAGAAGUUCCCUCCGAUCAACAAGAAAACAGAUUGGGGGGAGAAGAGAGCGAUCCGGAACUAGAUUUGCUCGCCGAAACAGAAUCGGACAGUGAUGAUAAUCACAGCAAUCAGGACGCUGCCUCUGCUCAACGAUCGGUCCAGACCGGGGCUACAGCUGGUUCUGAUACAGGGGGUCUGCUGCUUUUCCCUGAAGAUGAAAGUGGCGAGUCGAGCCAACAAGAAGAAGAGGAAAGCGAAGCUGGUGAAACAGACGAACAAGAUACAGAAGAUUAUACUUUGGAUGAGCAGCUGGAAAGGAGAAGAAGCCGUUACAGCAAUGCCACAGGUCACGGUCAACGUAGCAACCUCGCGCCCCAAAAUAUGCAAUGGGCCAUACGAUCUCGGGAGACCGGUAGAUCGCAAGGCGUUCGAUUACCUAACGGGUCGAAUCUAGUUUUCAUCGAUCCUAGCUCCUUGCGAAGAUCGACAGCUGGAAGUACUACAGUUACUGCUAGUUCCGAACCAAUAACAAUGGCAACUACUGCGAGUUGUUUGGCCAGAGCUUUCGGUAUCGUGAUGAGACAAAUUGCUGACUUGUUGUCUUUGAUGCCAGACAUCAAUGCUAUGGCAUUAUCAACUUCUUCUAUUAAUAUGGAUGUUACCCAAGAUGACAUCUAUAAUGUGCAGAUAUACUUGGAGUUCCGCCUGAAACCAACCUGGGAUUGGUUAUUGACUGUCAUGGAUGCCACAGAGGCGCAAUUGAAGUUUGGAGCAUCACUCACUAAUUCUUUGGAUUUGACUAGUCCCGGACAUCCGAUAAACACCGCUUCCAAUACAGGAGUUGCGUCCAAUUCAUCUAGUGCUAUCAGGUCGAAUCAUCGAGCUCAUGCUGUUACCAGUGGAACAAACUCUUCAGGUAAUAGAAUCAUUGGGUUCACAACAAGUGUUGAAGGAGGACGAUCGAGGCCUGAAAGAGAAAGCACCGAUGCCCAUGCUGCAAGGCGGGAAUUUCUUUUGUACUGUCUAUCUUUGAUGAGAGCACACAAUAACGAACACCUUGAUUCACUACCUGUGCUUGACGUUUCUGCUUUGAAGCACGUUGCUUACGUGUUCGAUGCCUUGAUUUAUUUCAUGAGAUCAGGCCCUAGCGAGGGUAUGGAAAUCGACUCCCGCAAUAGAGAUGGACCCUUACCUCAAUGGAGUGAUCAAGAUGAAAAUGAAAAUGAGGAAGCUGAGGAAGAUAUCGCCGUUGCGAUGGAUACAGAGUCUUUGGAUGAUCAAGACGUGUCUAAUUUAGCUAGUAAUAUAUCAAAUAGUCUAAAUACUUCUCUUCAGAGUCAUUCCGGAAAAGGCAGGAAGCAUUCAUUUUUCCAGAGAUCCGAAUCUACCCUAUGUCUCGGUUGCCCUCCACCUGAUCCUUUUGAUAUUCCAAUGUCGGAAGCUCUACCGCUCGCAGACCAACCCCACUUGCUACAACCCAAUGCCCGUAAAGAGGAACUGUUCGGCAUCCCUAAACAACCAGUCACUUUGACAGCUACAAGUACUAACAGCGACAAUCCUCUAGAAUCGCUUCCAACGAAGCUCAGUCUCUCGACUAGAACUACUGAUUUUGCUAUGAAUCAGCCUGCGAAAGCCAACCAUCCGAUAUCGAACUCGCUCAAUGUGAUGGGGCCAAACCCAUUGGUUCAUCCUCAAAACUAUCAACCGGAAGAACCUGUUUUCAAGGAAACACGCCAGCAAACAGAAGCGACGGUAAAUCCUUUCGAAGCAGGUCCAAGUGGUUCGAAUAUGUCUUCUAGAAGUAGUGAGCCUAAGAAGCCAAGGAACAUGCAGCCCUUUGAGACGUUAUUGGCUGCUGUAAGCAACAAAAGUGGAGAAUUAAUGAAUGAGAGGCCUCAGGAUUUAUCUAGAAAUCGAGACGUACAUUCCAUUGAGAUGUUCGCAUCACCUUCUCUUGACAACCCCAUUAUAUCCAGACCACAAAUAAUUGUAUCUUCCAAAAAAUCAGAAUUUUCGAUUGAGUCACAUUCGCAAGAAAUGGCUUCUUCAGUGAGUUCUUUAUCGCUUCUGAAUCCUAUGGAAUGCACCCAAGAUGUUUGUAGUCAAAGCACAACGACCGGGACAACAUCAGGUUCCUCUACCCCAUCAACUAAUUCAUCUAGAAGUCCAAGUAAGAGUGUGAUCGUAAGAGCAGGAUCAUCUAAUAGUCAGAAAAUUGGAGAAUCUGAAGUACUCAUGACUAUGGACAUUCAACAACCUGAAUCAUUGGAAAAUCAGGAAAUCUCCGCCAAUGUUACAGUGGUUACCACAACAGUAAACAAUGAAACGCCAAAACCCACCUUUGGACAGACUGUUUCACAUGACUUACUCUUAGGUAGAUGGCGAUUAUCUUUGGAUCUAUUCGGUAGGGUAUUCAUGGAAGAUGUUGGCCUGGAACUAGGUUCGAUUGUUUCCGAAUUAGGCGGGUUUCCCGUUAAAGAAGCUAAAUUCAGGAGAGAUAUGGAGAAGCUUAGGAAUAAUCAACAAAGAGAUCUGACUCUAUCCAAAAUCGAGAGAGACAGAACCCAACUCUUAAUUCAGACUUUCAAAGAAUUGAACACUCAAUAUAACAGCUACAAUCGCCGUACUUCCGCAUCAUCUCCGCCCUUGGCUGUGAACAGGGUGAAAGUAACUUUCAAAGAUGAACCGGGAGAAGGAAGUGGUGUGGCUCGAAGUUUUUAUACAGCCAUUGCGGAAGCAAUCUUGAGCAACGAGAAUCUACCCAAUCUUGAAUCGGCUCAAGUAGAUAACAAAUAUUCCCAGUCAAGCGUCCUGCAGAGGUUAAGGAGAGACAGGGACGUCAUACGUAGAGCCACACCCAGCAGGGGUUCGACCAAGUCUAGAGAUCAUCACAGAAGGACGAUGAGCGUGGAAGUCAGGCCUUUCGUUCCUCCGGUAACUGUUCACAAUUCGGACGCUCCAUCUAUGCCAGACAUUUCUUCGGCAUCAGGAAGUCAACCAGGACCUAGUUCGGACCAGUUGGCAAAUGGCGGAAAUCGCAACGAACACCUCACAGGUCAGCAGCAGCAUUUGGGUGAUCGAUUGUAUCCGAAAGUUUAUAAUUUGCAUCCUACUUUCGCCGGAAGAAUCACCGGUAUGUUGUUGGAACUGUCUCCUGCCCAGCUGCUGCUCUUACUUGCCUCUGAGGACUCGUUAAGAACUAAGGUUGAAGAAGCCGUCGAAAUGAUACUGGCAUAUUCACAUUCCCAGUCAGAAAUGACGUCAGAAGCUUUGUUAGACCUAGAUGUAUUUUCAUUGACCGAUCGUGGGCUAACAAGAAAGAGUAGCGGAAGGACAAAUGGUGAUAAUUCUGUUACAGAGGAGUCAUUGCAAGAUGAGGAGGAUCUAGCACCUCUUUUUUAUUGCCCCGGCAAAAGGGGUUUUUAUGCACCGAGACAAGGGAAAGCCACUUUCGAAAGGCUAAACGCUUUCAGAAAUGUUGGAAGGUUGUUGGGGUUGUGUCUCUUACAAAACGAGCUCUGCCCUAUAUUCUUGACGAGGCAUGUGCUCAAGUCGAUUUUAGGAAGACCAAUCAAGUUCCAUGAUUUGGCAUUUUUCGAUCCAGUUGUUUAUGAAUCUCUCAGGCAGUUGGUGGUUGAUGCGGAAACUAAGGAUAGCAACAGCUUGUUCUCAGCACUUGACUUGAAUUUCACUAUUGAUCUUUGCCCUGAAGAAGGCGCUGGAACAGUUGAAAUAAUGCCUGGUGGAAAGGAUACAGAAGUUACUUUCAGCAAUGUUUAUGAUUACGUAAGGAAAUAUGCUAAAUAUAGGAUGUUGAAAGUUCAGGAAAAAGCUAUUGAUAGUAUCAGGACAGGAGUUUUUGAUGUUCUCCCAGAGAGUUCUUUGGAUGGAUUGACUGCAGAAGAUCUUAGGCUUUUGUUGAAUGGUGUAGGUGAUAUAAAUGUUUCAGUCCUAAUUUCGUAUACUUCUUUCAAUGACGAGUCUGGAGAAAAUAGCGAGAGGCUCGUUAAAUUCAAGAGAUGGUUGUGGUCUAUUGUUGAAAAGAUGACCCACGUUGAGAGACAGGAUUUGGUAUAUUUCUGGACUGGUUCUCCUGCUCUACCAGCCAGUGAAGACGGAUUCCAACCUAUGCCGUCAGUGACAAUUAGACCAGCAGACGAUGCACACCUCCCUACUGCAAAUACUUGCAUAUCCAGACUCUACAUACCCCUGUACAGCAGCCGAACUGUUCUGAGACAGAAACUUCUACUUGCCAUUAAAACAAAGAACUUUGGAUUUGUUUAAAGCCACAAUUGUUUGUAGUGUUCCACUACAUGAUUUCUAUACUGCAAAUAGGAAAAUUUAUUUGAUGGAAGAAAAAUGCAAUUGUUUUGAAAAUUCAUAUGUAAUAAAUAUAAUUUAUUAUAAGAUUUGUAUAUAGGUCAAAUAUAGUGGCACAAUAUUGA